UCCUCAAACCCUAGUUUUACGUCACCUAAACUUUUUUCUGAAACCCUGGUAUACAUCACUUCCUUGCUUAUUGACGCCCACAAGACGGGGGAAGGAAGGUUGGUUGUAUACGUUGGUUUGUUUCGAUGGCCUUAUAUCUUCUCUAUGAGUCGUCCUCUGGCUACGGUCUCUUCCAUGCCAAUGGACUCGACGAAAUCGGGCAGAACACAGAGGGUGUCCGGAACUCCGUUUUGGACCUGAACCGGUUUGGAAGGGUAGUCCAGCUAAGUGCUUUUCAACCAUUUGAGUCUGCUCUUGAUGCUCUCAAUCAGUGUAACUCUGUUUCUGAAGGGAUUAUGACUGAUGAGCUGAGGAACUUUUUGGAGUUGAGCUUACCAAAGGUCAAGGAAGGUAAGAAGCCAAAAUUUAGUCUAGGAGUUGCAGAGCCUAAAAUUGGGUCACAUAUCUUGGAGAGUACGAAAAUUCCAUGCCAGAGCAAUGAGUUUGUCCUUGAGCUUCUUCGUGGUGUUAGGCUGCAUUUUGACAGGUUUAUCAAGGACCUCAAGCCUGGGGACUUGGAAAAGGCUCAGCUAGGUCUUGGACACAGUUACAGCAGAGCAAAGGUCAAGUUCAAUGUCAAUCGGGUUGACAAUAUGAUCAUCCAAGCAAUUUUCCUUCUUGAUACUCUUGACAAGGACAUCAAUUCAUUCUCCAUGAGAGUUAGAGAAUGGUACUCUUGGCAUUUCCCUGAACUAGUGAAGAUAGUCAACGACAAUUAUCUGUAUGCCAAAGUUGCUAAACUCAUAGAAGACAAAUCAAAGUUGUCUGAUGAGCACAUUCCAGCGCUAACAGAUGUACUUGGAGAUGAAGAUAAGGCAAAGGAGGUCGUAGAAGCUGGCAAAGCAUCAAUGGGGCAGGAUUUAUCAGUCAUUGAUUUGAUUAAUGUCCAACAAUUUGCUCAACGGGUUAUGGACCUCUCGGAAUAUAGAAAGAAACUUUAUGAGUACCUGGUUACCAAAAUGACUGAUAUUGCACCCAAUUUGACCUCCUUGAUUGGUGAGGUUGUUGCGGCUCGGCUCAUCUCACAUGCUGGUAGCCUUACAAAUCUGGCCAAGUGCCCUUCCUCAACACUGCAAAUUCUUGGUGCAGAGAAGGCGCUUUUUAGGGCACUGAAGACUCGAGGAAACACACCAAAGUAUGGUCUGAUUUUCCACUCAAGUUAUAUUGGCCGAGCAUCUACUCGGAACAAGGGACGAAUAGCUCGCUACCUUGCAAACAAGUGUUCCAUUGCAUCUCGUAUUGACUGUUUUGCAGAAAGGAAUACUACAGUUUUCGGUGAGAAGCUCCGUGAGCAAGUUGAGGAGCGACUUGACUUCUAUGACAAG